CUGCGCAGUCCUGCGCAGCAUCAGCGCUCCUCAGCACUGCGUGCUGUCGCAGACGUUACGUCACCCGUUUUCGCGGUUUUUGAAAAGGACCAAUCUUUUGUUGUGGUUCGCUUAGUGAAGAAGAAUUUACAAAUUAUGGCUGAGGUGAAGCCCGGCGGCCAGGCAGCCGCAGAGCUGUCAGAGGGUGCUCAGUCUGAGCUGAUGGGCCUGUGUGAGGAUCAGUUUGCUCUGCUGGAAAAGCUUCAAAAUGAGAUCAUACUGUGUGAACCAGACUUCUGUGAGAAUCCACAAGAGCAGUCAGUAAAUCGACUGAUGGCAACAGAAGCUGAACUGAAGCAGUGGCAGACAGAGGAGCCGAAAUUGCUGGCAGCAAAUUCAGAAGUUUUGCUUCAGGCUGGAAAAGAGGAGAUGCUCAAGCUGUGCUCUGAACUUGAGAUGGUUGUUUCCUGCUAUGAAGCAAAGAGAGACAACCUGAGAGAAACUAAAGAACUUGAACAGAAGUGGCUGGAGGAGAAGAGACAGGUGCUGGUAGCUGCCAGUGAUCAUGCUGAACGACUUCAAAUGGAGAAGGAGAAAUUGUCAGAGCACAGUGUACUGCAGGAGACCAAGGCAAAAAUCCAAAAAAUGAAGGUCUACCAGGAGAGGUUGAUGGAGUCUCUGGGGGAUGUCCUAGAGAAGCAUGUUCCUCUCCCUCAGAAUGAAUCCAUUACAAGCAAGAAGAAGAAGAACAUUGAACUGGGGUUAAAUGAAGACUUGAUUUCACUCAAUGAAAUACUGGAGGUGCUCAUGAACAAGGUCCUGAACACACCACACGACCCCUAUGUGACGAUAGAUGACACAUUCUGGCCACCGUACAUAGAGAUGCUUCUCCGCUAUGGGAUUGCAGUGAGGCACCAAGAGAAUAACUUCAAGAUCCGCCUGGAAACCUUCUUUUAAGGCAGUGGUGCAUUAGCCAUCUCAAGUACCACUUAUCUACCAGUGUUUCUAAUUUGAGUCUCUAUCAUUAUGUAUAUUUUUGUAAGGUGAUAUGAGGACUAACUGUGCUGGGAAAGCGAAAAGGCUAGCGAUUUCCUGUAUCUAUAGGUCUAUGGUAGAGUUCAUUACAAAAUUAGUAUUUUAUAAGUUGCCCAUUUAAGCUUCACAUAAGUAUUUUUUAGGUUAAGCACUCUUUUUUUAUGUAAAUAGUAACCAUAGGUCCUUUUUAAAAACUCUGAGAACAUCAAAAUUUAAAAUUCAAUCAAAUGUAUUAGAGAUAUAUUUAGACUCUUUCCACAGAGCACUGUAUAUUACUUUGUACUUCAUGUAAAUUCAGAUUAAUACUUGACAGCAGUGGUAGUCUUCUCUUGACUGCAUAUUUCCUUUAAUCCUAUUUUCCUAGAUUUUUCAUCUAGGUUUAAUCAGUAAUGGGAAGUGGACAGUAUGUUAGUAUUCAUGUGUUCUUUAAAUUGCUCUUAAAUUCAGUUUUAUUUAAAGUCUUUCAAAACUUGAUUUUCUGAGGCCUCUAGAUACCAAUAUACCUGUGUGUGUAUAUAUGUACAUUUUAUUCGUUGGUUUGUAUAUAUUUUCUUGUCCAUAAUCAAUAAAUUUGGGAACUGUA